AGUAAAUAGUUAAAAUGGCGUCCAGAGAUAGUGAUGCUUCGCUCUGGCUGCAUAAUAAACUCGGUUCCACUGAUGACCUGUGGUCUGGAAGUUCCAUCUGCUCUCAGCUAAAUCAAGAACGAUUGAUUAAUAUUCAGCAAUGUUUUCACACUUUACAGCCUCACGUAAAAAUGCGAAUGGAAAUUGAAAUGAUUGUUGAUGCUGGACGAAAUGAUACAGACCAAUGGGUUUCCAUGGUUGCAGAUAUAAUAAAGAACUAUCCAUCGUCUGGAAUGAUCAACACCAACAUAGAACAAGACGAUUCAACACAUUUUUUUAAUGAAAUUCUUGCUGAUUUGAAAAAAAUUGCAAAUUCAAAAAAAUCCGUCACUUUACCAUUGGAAUGUGAAUAUUUGAGUCGAAGUGCCAUGCAGGCUCUUAAUUGCCAACCACAAUCCCUUGUCCGACACUUUGAUACACGAAAAAAACCAAAGUCUGAAUCUCUUCGCUCGGAACUACUUCAGAAAUCAAUUGAGGCUGCCAAUAAUCUUAAGCGAAAUCCGUCCGGUAUUACUUUACCGAUUAAAAUGCGAAAUAAUGCAAAGAAAAUGGAUGAUACAAAACCUAUGAGAGGACUACCAAGUUCUAAGCCUUUCAGUAGUGGAUUUAAGUCGCCUUCUUUAACAGGGCGAGGGUUUGGCAAUCCACUGGCUGGCAGAGCGCCUACCUUAAAGAAAGAAGGAGGGACCAAGUUACUUGAUAUGAAUGAGAUGCCACUUGCUCCUAAAGAAGCGAAAAGAAGAAGACGUAUGGCAGAGCAAGAAGCCGCCGAACAGGCUAAAAAAGAAAAAGAAUCGAGGGAUCAAGCAGAGAAACAGGCUACCCCAGAUUACGCUGCUGGGCUCAUGUCUCCAGCAACGCCAUCUGCACCCGUUGCUCAAGUUGUUACUGUUUCAAGUCCUGUGACUGCCAACAAAACUGCCCCCUAUGCUGUUGGCCUCCAAAAACCUACCACUUCUACUACAGGUGCAACUAGUCUUGAGCAACAAAUUCAAAGAAACCUGCAAAACUCUCAAGCGGCUACAGUUAAAAUUAUACCAGCCUCCACAGCUACAACACUUCCAGCUGAGAAGAUAAAGUUUGUUCAAUUUCGACAAGCCAGUAGCCAAUUGCAAACUACAAAAAUCAAUACUGGUGGUCAAGUCAUCACAGCUAGAAUUCAGAGCGUUAGCCAGCCAAAUCAAGGUCAAGCUCAACAGCAACAAACGCAACAAAAGAAACCUUUAUCAUUGACAAAAGUUCAAAUGCAAGAAGCUCAGGAAAUGUUUAAGAAUGCCAAUAAAGUUUCUAGGGCGGAAAAAGCUUUAAUCAUUGGAUUUAUGGCCGGCUGUAGAGAUAAUCCAUUAAAGGACUCCAAUCAAUCAGUGAUUAACAUAAUGUUGUCGGAGGGAACUGAAAUGGUUAAACAACCAGAUGGUAUAACUAAACUCAUGGGUGUUGAAAGCUAUUUUCAAAUGGACUAUAAAUCAGGCAAUUUUAAGCGCAUCAAGAAAUUAAAAAAUUUAACAGCCGAACAGAUGGCGCAACUGCAGCAGGCUGCAGGUGCAGGAAAUGUUCCAUAA